AUGUUUCGGGCGGGAAUGCUUCAAUUGUGCCGGGUUGUGCCUCGUUUCGUCCUCAGCAGGAAUUUACCGAAAUGUACGCUCGACAGGACGCUGCACGUUUCCGCGAGACAGUCGGUUAAGAAGUUUCUUGAUUCCGAAAAUGACUACGCCAGCGCGUUUCUGCACCGAGGCGAGCGCCAGUGUGAAAUAUGCGACGAGUCAGCAGUGGAUAUGGGCGGAUUCGUGCGGAACUCGAUGCUCGAUAAUCCUGAUCCGGAACGUUUAUUAAAAUUGCUCGGCUGCUUCGUGGUACUCGUCAACCGCGACGAUAUUCCGGUGGACGACGAGAGAUUCGCUGAUUUCGUCAAAGCGUUCGUCAACGGUGUGCCAGACUUUGCCGAUAACCAGCUAGCGCAAGCCCUGAAGUUACUCAGCAGGCUAGAGGACAUAACAUCUAUCUACGACACUAAUUAUCUUAAUCUGUGGACAUCACUGGACGGCCAGUGCUUAGCGCGAAUCGCGGAAUGGGACACGGACAAGUUGCUUCAAUUCGCCGACCUAUGGUACCCGUUGCGAUUGACCAAGCAGGGAAAAUAUGUAAAUAAGGCACUGUGGAAAAUAAGCAACCGUUUGCGGAAGUUACCUCCUCAAACGCUAGUCAAAACGGUGUUCUACAUCAACCUAACCCGCGUUCCGAUGGAGAACAUGAUGGACAUCGAGAUAAACUUUGGGCAAAACUUUGGCGCGUUCAGCAUCGACGACGUGGCGGUACUGUGUAUGGGAUUUUUCAAAACCGAAACCCCGAUCCGCGGGCAGGAGCUGUUGGAAAAGAUCUACGAUGUAACGAUACGAAACGUGGCCAGUGUCGAGGACAUACCGUUAACUGCGAUUUUGAAACUGCUCCGCUAUUCGUCUCGCAUUCCUAGUGUAGCUUCCAUGGAAGCGCUGCUGACGGCGUUGGUGCCCCAAAUUCCCCGUCUAUCCACGUUGGCCUGCUUGCAUGUGGCACUGCUCGGAACGGACAUUCACGUGUGCCAUAAUGCUAGCUUGGAAAUGGUAGUAGAUAAAUUUAACAACAACUUACCGAGCCUACGCUUAAAGGACAUGGAACGUAUAGCGUUCGUGUUGGCUCACAAUAAUACGUCCUUCGCCACAAAGGAAGACACUUUGCUGUGCCACGGGAUACUGGAGCAGUUGCCGGAUCGUAUCGCCGAAAUCGUCACCUAUCCCCGCUGCUACAUCGCCCUGUUGCACUUCUUAACGCUGCGAAACGUUUACAACAUGGACUACAUUUCCGCUGCCUUCGAAAAGCAAUUCCUGAGACUCGCCUACAAUAAAAACAUUCCGGGCGCCGGACGGGAAGCCGUCUCACUGGAUGCAUUUGUGGCCAUCAGUUUGCGCGCCCAGUACGGUGGAAAUCGCUUUCCGGCGGGUGCGUUCAAGAUCGUGUGCAAACUAACGCAAGACUACCUGCCAAAUCCCAAGUAUCGGUUGACAAAGUCCGACCGAAUGUUGCUGGACAUUCAGCGAACGUUUUGCGAGCUCCGGUCACACUGUCGCAUCAUGCACCUUCUGCCUCACUUUCAACGGCCGGACAUUCUUUUCUGUUGGGACUCCCAGGCUAAACGGGUAUUGGAUUUGAGUGACAUCGAAAUCAGUCACGAAAUCAUGACACGCGAGAUGGUGCUGAAGGAUCGCCAUGGGGACAGUAACAUCCGUCUGGUAGCGAUCGUCGUCGGAUCGUGGAACUGUUACGUGCGCGAUGUGAAGCGCAGAACCGGAGGCUACGCAAUGAAGCUCAAGCAGCUUCGAACGCUUGGGUACGAAGUAGUCGAAAUACCGUGGUACGAAUGGCCAGUUUACUCCCGUGAUGAUAUGCUGAAGUAUCUCAAGGGUAAACUAUCUAGUUUCUAUUAA